CCGGAACGCGUUUGGAGCUGGAGUGAGUCCAUCCUCCUCCGGCCUCCCACCAACACGCGGAAUCAGAGUAGAGGGAACGCCGAUUCCCUGGGAGUCGCCUCAGUCAAGUUUUGUGCAGUGGCCGGCGCGGAGGCUAGGACUUUUUUACUCCUUUUGGAUUACUUGUCAAUGAAGACGGCAUGCAGUGAUCUCAGAGAAUAGCAUUAUGCCUAUGAUGCUGCCACUCGUGGUGGCGCUUCUCGUCGCGCCGUGCGUUUUGGCGCAGAGCAAUUACGCUUCGCAGGCAAACAGCAUAGAGUUCAAGAACGAAGGGCUGCCUGACAGCACGGUCUUGGACGGCAAGGUCACUAAGUUGGACGACCUCUCACCUGUAAUAUUCCUAAACAGGACAAAAGCGGCUCUCAACUGUGCCUCAGGAUAUAUGCAAAUCGAGCUUAAAUUUGACGAGCCGUUUUACGGAAUAGCGUAUGCCGACUUCGACAGAGCGAGCGCCUGCCAGGUCAGCGGGCGCGGCGACAAGACUGCAAAGAUUGACCUUCCUCUUAAAGGAUGCGGUACAGUUCAGGAUCCCCAACGAGUGUUUACGAAUAACAUCGUGGUGAGAUUCCACCCGGCUUUAGAGAUGGAAGGCGAUGAAGUCAUAACGAUCGUAUGUCGAUAUCCACCCCCGAUCGCACCACCUCCUGCGGGAAUGCCUGAAUACAUUCAGGAAUUGCCGGCACCUGCAUUGCCCUUAGCUCCUCCACUCCGCGGCUUCCAGAUACUUCUAAUCAUCUGCGGAAUAUUGUUCCUCUCGCUCGUCCUACUGGGGCUCGGAUGUUCUUACUAUAUGCUGAGAAGGAAGCGCGUACAGGUAAUCAGAAGGCAUCCGCUGUCGACGGGAACCGGCUCGGAGAUCACCAAACUGUCCGAUUCCAGUCUGGGCCACAUUUCCAUGUUCGAGAACGUCAAGAUUCCGAGAGCACACGCCCAAACCGGGAGCAGCUCCGGCUCCGAGGCGGCCCUCAUCAGCGAUACGCUUCCGUCCGAUUAUCCUUCCGAAUCGCCCAGUUCAGCGCACUCUGAGGUCGAGGACGUCGACACGAGAUCUUUGAGAAGGUCUUCGAGCUCUGGAGCCUCCUAUGAAAACAAAGGCUACGUGCAGGACAGUUUUUACACCGAGACUACUGGGCACACUAUCGAGACGGAGAUGCGCCACGCUCUUCCUAAACGACCUCCUCCAGAGCCUAAAUUCGAUGUACAAGUCAGAGUGAAAAAGGCCGCUCUCCCUCCGCCAACCCCUACACCUCCCCCAUCGGAGUCCGAAGCGAGUAUGAUGAUGGCAGAAAGAAAUCUAACCACGAUUCUGGAAGAAGCAAGGUCUAUGCCGAAACCGAUCAAAACGACCUUUUCUUACAUUCCCGAAAUACACGCUCCGCCAGCGUCGAAGAUACCAACCCCUCCGCCUGUUUACUCUACAGUUAGGAAGCAGCAGCACGUCGACAAGACGGUUACUGAGGAAUUGUACAGCCGUGAAGACCGCGUCGACUACGAGGCAAGGGCGAAGAUGUCACCUCCUCCUCCGGUCACUCCCAUGUACUCAAGACUAGAAGGCAACGAAGAGACGACGGUCGAAAUAGUCGAACCGCCGUUGAUCGUGUCGAGGCGACCCGAGUUGAAAUCUCACGUCGUGGACGAUGUUUUCUUAAGGACCAUUACCGAAAAGAAGACAAUCGAGGACAUCGAGCGCCACAAAAGGCAGAUUACCGAAUUCAGGAAGGCGCAGCCUCCUCCUAAAUGGGAUGUCACUAUCAAAAACUAUCCUCUCCCCGAAGAUUCACAGCGAGACGAUUCGGUGACUGAUUGGGAUAGUUACUCAGAGAACUCUUCUGUAGCAGAUUACAGGCCUCAUGGUGUUUAUAGAACUCAGAACAUCCAUACGCAGAGGACAGACAUAGAAACUGAGAACAUUUACAGACAUGUUUUGGAGACACCAGUACAAGAAAGGCCAAAACAGAACUGGGAUGUUAUGGUGAGAGUGCUUGAACCACCACAGUAUGAAUCGACAGACGACCGGUCGGAUGUCGAGAGUAUCGCUUCUGCGUUAACAAUAGAGGACCGGAAAAAGUGGAAGGAGAUCAUCACUACUGAGUCCACUCUUAGGACAAUGCUUACUGAAGCCACGCUGAGAGAGGAUUAUGAAAGGAUCAGGAGGGAUCAGAGAUAUGAAAAAUUGUUUGAGCCACAAAAAUGGGACGUUAUCAUUAGAGUGUUGGCUCCUCCUGCCGAUAGGCCUCAGUAUGAUCAAAGGGGAGCCGGAGGCAGCAAUAAAUACAGGAGAAAGGCCGAUUGGGAUACGAGAAGCAGGAGAAGCUCCUUACCGACCCUAUACGAAUACGAUUCGGAUGGUGGUUCAUCGGUGAGGACUUUGACGACAGACGGGCAUGGAGUGCCUAGUGUCACCGACCCACUGAGGUCGAGGAGGACGUCAAGAUCCAGCAUGAGGUCAGAGAUGGACGUCCGUUCUAUGUCUGAGGUCACUGUCGACAUGCGAGCGCACAUCCUAGACAAUUUUUCGGACGUGUCCUCUUACUACCCGAGGCGCUACUACGACUCGGAUGACGAUGACAACCGAAGCCUGGUCAGGUCGCUGUCGCAGCCUUCCCUGGCUCGUUCGGCCUCUGAAUUCACUGAGCAUUGGGCUGUAAGAUCGAGGCACUGGGAGAGCCCGGAGCACUCACCGCGUUCCUCCCGUUCCGCGAGGACAAAGGCGAUGCGCCUCACUCAGACUCGCUACGAAAAAUCAUCUAGUUCUAAUUGGUUCGGAGAUGCCGACAGUGAAGCGAGCUUCAAAUAAACGCGAACAAAUCGAAUGAUCAAACUAACACGCAAUUAACUGUUUAAUAAUGUGCCAAACUCGCCAAGACAGUGCUUGUAAAACAUUGUAGUCUUAUUUUAAUUUUUAGCGAUUAUCGUUUUAAAAUAAUUAACAAUAAAUACUGCCAAGUUAUAAGGAUAAAUAUCCUUAGAUCUUAAAGUGUUAUAAACAUACUUUACUAAAUUACUAUUAUUUUUGUCUAAGAGACGCAUCUUUCAUUAAAAAAUAAUAAUUUAGGCUUUGGUUUUAGACCAACAACAAUUUCUCUGAUAAUUUUUUAUUCGGCCAUACCUGUGAUAAAUACGUCUCUCUUUAUUAUGAUAAUUUUCACUCUCAUGUUAUUAUUUAGACAUUAAAAGCUCUUUUUUUCAUUAUUCCCACUCGGUCUCUAAGAGAAACUAACAUUUAAAUUAAACUUGGGGUCUUUCGUCGAGGGAGCUGAGUGGGACUGGAAAAUCAGCUUGAGCUCCCAUUUUAGAAUUUAAUGAUUGAUUAGGAUCAAAAUGCCUAACUCAAAGCGUUACCGUUACCUAUGAACAUCCUUGAUUUUUGCUUUGUUAUUUUGACAAAAUGGGAGUUAUUUCGGCUUACUAUCGUUUUAGUUUACUUGGUUAUGGUUUUUUUCUUUAUUUAUCCUGGGUUUUGUUUUCUCCUACUACUGAAAAUGAUUUAUUGCAACUUUCCUUCCAAUACUUCAAAACCAAUUUAAAUGAAAAUUGACCAAUUUAUAAUAUUAUACUUUUUUAUUAUCAGAAUCAAAUUAUUUUUUAUAAAAAGAGAAAUAUUUUUAAUAAAAAUGUAUUUUUGACCUGUUAAACCGAUAUAAAAAAACAAGUAAUAUUUACUAUAUUCAAUUAUUUUUAUUAUUUUCCUCAUUCUUGAACAUUAUUUCUAAUCUAUUGUUCUUUGUCCUUUAUUAAAUAAUUUUCAUUGUUUGCAAUACAAAAAUAAAUUUUGUAUAUUAAUAAUGAAUGUUAAUUAAACUUUAUCU